AUGUCAGAAGAAAGUGACUCUCUGAGAACCAGCCCUUCUGCGGCCUCACUUUCCGAAAAUGAGCUGCCGCCAGCACCCAAGCCUCCUGGCUAUGUGUGCUCGCUGACGGAAGACCUGGUCACCAAGGCCAGGGAGGAGCUGCAGGAGAAGCCGGAAUGGAGGCUUCGGGACGUGCAGGCCCUCCGCGACAUGGUGCGGAAGGAGUUCCCCAAUCUGCGCACCUCUCUGGACGACGCCUUCCUGCUGCGCUUCCUCCGGGCCCGCAAGUUUGACUACGACCGGGCCCUGCAGCUCCUCAUCAGCUACCACAGCUGCCGCAGGAGUUGGCCCGAAGUCUUCCAUAACCUGAGGCCGUCGGCCUUAAAAGAGGUCCUCGCUUCCGGAUUCCUCACCGUGCUGCCCCACACCGACCCCCGGGGCUGCCCUAUCCUCUGCAUCCGCCCAGACAGAUGGGUACCGAGCAACUAUCCAAUUACCGAAAACAUCCGAGUCAUCUACUUGACAUUGGAAAAACUCAUUCAGUCUGAAGAAACCCAAGUGAAUGGAAUUGUCAUUCUUGCGGACUACAAAGGAGUGAGCUUAUCAAAAGCAUCUCACUUUGGCCCUUUUAUAGCCAAAAAGGUGAUUGGCAUCCUCCAGGAUGGCUUCCCCAUUCGGAUUAAAGCGGUCCACGUCGUGAAUGAACCUCGAAUAUUUAAAGGCAUUUUUGCCAUCAUAAAACCAUUUCUGAAGGAGAAAAUAGCAAACAGAAGGAGCACGCACUCUGCCCCAGAGACAAACCCAGGUCCCCAUGGUGGGUCUUGUGUGUUGGUGAUGACUCAGUGA